CAGAUUGUUUGAAAGGAUUUCGAAAAUUAAUGAAAGGUAAAUUUGGUCUUGAUAUAUCUCAUUAUGUAUCUCUCCCUUCAUUUGCAGAAGAUGCUCUAUAUAAAACUACAGGACAAGAAAUCGAGUUAUUUACUGAUGAUAACAUGUACCUCUUCUGUGAGAAAGGAAUUAGAGGUGGUAUUACAAUGGUAAGUAAUCGUCAAGUUAAAGCUAACAAUCCUCAAUGCCCCCCUUAUUUUGAUAGCGAAGCUAGUAUCAAGACACAUUUAGAUUCAGAAGAAGCACCCCCGAAAGGACGCCAUGACCAUGCAAUGAUGCAAUCUAUGCCAACAGGAGGACAUAGAUGGAUAACACCUGAAGAAACUCCAGACCUUUUUAAUAAAAUUACUAAGUGUGAGAUUGCAGAUAACGCAUCCAAAGGCUAUAUUCUUGAGGUAGACCUUGACUAUCCAUAUAAAUUACAUAAAUCACAUACUUCAUAUCCUUUAGCUCCUGAAAAUAUCGAGAUUUCCAAAGAGGAAAUGA